CCCCUUGUAUUGCCACACCCACACACAACAGAAGCACUACAGCAACCGCGCGCCUGGAAGUGUACUUUGUACACGUUGAUUGGCGUAGCUAGCUAGGCAGACAUGGCGAAGAAAGUGCAAGUGAUAGCCAUGCUCCUGGCCCUGAACCUUCUCUUCUUCACCUUCGCCAACGCCACUGGUCCCUGCCCACCUAGCGGGGGCAGCGGCGGGGGAGGAGGGGGCAGCGGGGGCGGGGGAGGCGGCAAUUGUAAUGGCGGGAACUGUGGUGGGGGCGGAAACGGUGGGGGCGGCAAUUGUGGUGGCGGGAACUGUGGUGGGGGCGGAAACGGUGGUGGUGGGAAUGUUGGAGGCGGAAACGGUGGUGGUGGCAAUGGUGGAGGCGGAAACUGUCCGGGAGGCGGAAACUGUGGCGGGAACGGUGGCGGUGGGAAUGAUGGCGGUGGGAAUGGUGGUGGCGGUAACGGUGGCGGUGGGAAUGGUGGCGGUGGGAAUGGUGGCGGCGGGAACGGUGGUGGUGGAAACAGCACCCAGUGCCCGCUGGAUGCGCUGAAGCUGGGGGUGUGCGCGAACGUGCUCGGCGGGCUGCUGAACCUGACUCUGGGGAGCCCGCCGGUGCAGCCGUGCUGCACGCUGAUCCAGGGGCUGGCGGACCUGGAGGCGGCGCUGUGCCUGUGCACGACGCUGAACCUCAACCUUCUGGGCAUCAACCUCCGCUUGCCCAUCGCCCUCAGCCUCGUCCUCAACAACUGCGGCAGGAACGUCCCCUCCGGCUUCCAGUGCCCCAACUGAGACCGGACACUGCACCUCAUGCAUGCAUGCAUGCAUGCAUGCAACGCACGUAUGAUCGGCUAUUUAAUUUGAAGUACCACCGCGUACUUAAUUGUGUGCUUUAAUUACGUAAUCGUCUGCUGUUCUGGCUUUAUGUGUGACUGGAUUUGGAUUGCGGGGAAGCUACGUACUACCACUUCUCCAGGUUCUACGUACGUACAUGCACGCACGCACUGUUACCUGUGUGCGUAAGGAUUUCGUUGUGUGUGUGUGCUUGAUGUGUUAUUGUAAACGCCACAUGUUUGUGAUGAGUUCGUUAAUGCCAGAAUGCUCGUGAUGUACCGCUAUCUUCGACUAAAUAAAAGAUUUGCCAUUUUCCAUUA